UUUCAGGAGUCCUGAGCUAAACAAAAGCAGGAGGCAGAGGGGGCUGCUGGAGUUUGCAGAGGCAGAGGGAAGGGAGCUGCCUUGCCUGCUGCUGGCUUUGCUGCUUCUGCGGAGAGGAGAGAUCUGGCUUUGGCAAGGGGGUGGGAGGGGGGAGAAAACCCCCCCACCAAACCCCAACCCAAUCAAACCCACCCCCUCCAACCCACCCCCUUUGCAACCACUCUGGCUCCAGGGGGGUGGGGGAAAGUUUGCUCUGCGACCCUUCUUCCUCCCUCUCUCCUUCAGAUUCCUGCCUAUUUGCAAAAGGAUUAAGCUACAGAUUUAAACGCUGAUAGCCUGUUUCUGCAAUCGCAGAAGGACCCCGGGACUGAAACAAAACAAAACAAAACAAAAAAGCUGCUAAAAAUCCAGCUCUGAUUUUUCAGCAAGUGGAAGAAGGUUGAUUUUUUUUCUUGCUUUUGAAGUCACCACCUCCCCCCUCCCUCCCAAGAAGCAAAGGGAUCUUUUUGUUCCCCCCCCCCCGUUUUGUCUUUUUUUCUUCUUCUUCUUCCUCCCGAGAAGGAUUUGGAGCCGGCGUGAAGGAUAAAAAAAAAAAAAGCCUUGGUUCUUCCUGGGAGCUGCGCCGAAGGAGCAAGAAGGGAGAAGGAAGGAACAAGGGACUGGUCUCAGCUUUGGAAAUGGAUGAUCAGCCCAGGUUGAUGCAUUCCCAUGCUGGGGUGGGAAUGGCUGGACACCCCGGCCUGUCCCAACAUAUGCAGGAUGGAGCAGGAGGGACAGAGGGGGAGGGGGGCAGAAAACAAGACAUUGGAGACAUUUUACAGCAAAUCAUGACCAUCACAGACCAGAGUUUGGAUGAGGCGCAGGCCAGGAAACAUGCUUUAAACUGCCACAGGAUGAAGCCGGCCCUUUUUAAUGUCUUGUGUGAAAUCAAAGAAAAAACAGUCCUGAGUAUUCGGGGAGCCCAGGAAGAGGAGCCCACGGACCCCCAGCUGAUGCGGUUGGACAACAUGCUGUUGGCGGAGGGGGUAGCAGGACCUGAGAAAGGAGGGGGCUCAGCAGCAGCAGCCGCUGCUGCAGCAGCAUCCGGAGGGGCCGGUUCAGACAACUCCGUGGAGCAUUCUGACUACAGAGCUAAGCUUUCACAGAUCCGACAGAUCUACCACACGGAGCUGGAGAAAUACGAGCAGGCCUGCAACGAAUUCACCACCCACGUGAUGAACCUGCUGCGUGAACAGAGUCGGACCCGGCCCAUCUCACCGAAGGAGAUCGAACGGAUGGUCAGCAUCAUCCACCGCAAGUUCAGCUCCAUCCAGAUGCAGCUUAAGCAAAGCACGUGCGAAGCCGUUAUGAUCCUACGCUCACGAUUUCUGGACGCGCGGCGGAAGAGAAGAAACUUCAACAAGCAGGCUACGGAAAUCUUGAAUGAGUAUUUCUAUUCCCAUCUCAGCAACCCUUACCCCAGUGAGGAAGCCAAAGAGGAGCUAGCCAAGAAAUGUGGCAUCACAGUCUCACAGGUAUCAAACUGGUUUGGAAAUAAGCGAAUCCGGUACAAGAAGAACAUAGGUAAAUUUCAAGAGGAAGCCAAUAUUUAUGCUGCCAAAACGGCUGUCACUGCUACAAAUGUGUCAGCCCAUGGAAGCCAAGCUAACUCACCCUCAACUCCCAAUUCAGCUGGUUCUUCCAGUUCUUUUAACAUGUCAAACUCUGGAGAUUUGUUCAUGAGCGUGCAGUCACUCAAUGGGGAUUCUUACCAAGGGGCCCAGGUUGGAGCCAACGUGCAGUCACAGGUGGAUACCCUUCGCCAUGUUAUCAGCCAGACAGGAGGAUACAGUGACGGGCUCGCAGCAAGUCAGAUGUAUAGUCCGCAGGGCAUCAGUGCUAAUGGAGGUUGGCAAGAUGCUACUACCCCCUCAUCAGUGACCUCCCCCACAGAAGGCCCUGGCAGCGUUCACUCUGAUACCUCCAACUGAUCUCCCAGCAAAUUGCAUCCCUGGCUGACCCCAGUCCCCUUCAGGGGCAGGGGUGGGAGGGGAGGGGUUCUCUCCUAAUGCUGAAGCAGUCAGACUGGAGGUGGAACCAAUCAGCAAACACAAUAAGAGUCUCCUUCUCUUCUCUUCGUCGGGAUGCUUUUUCAGCCAAUCUGGACACUUCUUUAUACUCUCUUCCCUUUAUUUUCUGGGUAGAAGCCACCCCUCCCCCUGCCACCACCACCAUCCCCCUCCCAAAUCCUCCCACUGAAGGAUAUUUUCAACAGGUAGAAGAAUUUAAAGAGGGAAAAAAAUAACAAAACAACAACAACAACAAAAAGUAUUUGUACAUUUUCACUGGUUUUCUGAGGAGCCAAAAUUUACCUCACUCUUUUACUAAAAGGCAACCACCUCCUUCAGUUUCUCUUGUGCUCACACCUACCUCUUAGCAGGAGUAUGCCACACAUCAGCCUUUCCUUCUGAUGCUUCUUCACCACUCUUCUGUUUCUGGAAAUAGGUAGCAGAAUGCUUUCCUGUUCCAGAGCCAUCCCAAAACCUCGGUGAGUUGCCCCCAAGGGCAUUUCCAAUUACAGGGUGGAUAAAUGUUUUCCCAGUGCCACAGGGCAUGUAGGAAAAGGGAGUGAAAGUCUUGUGCUUGAUAUUCUGCUCACUUUCAAAAGGUACCACAAGGUUGUCUUUACAAACAGAUUUAAAUAUAAAAUCCCAUCACUUACCUCUGCCAGUGUGCUUUGAAUCAGACCCCAAACAUACGAGGCAUCCAACUCGGCAAGUGGGCAUGGCAUUCACCUGGCUUUAUAACAAAAAUAACCUUACCUGCCAACGUCCUUGGCAUCAUGGCACUGCUAAGAAGGGAAAAGCAGAAAGAGGUGGCUGAGAGAUUAUGGGCACCUAUAGUGAAAACAUUUAGCACUUACAUAAUGUGUUACAUGAUCAAAGUGCUGUCCAAAGUUUAACUCAAAACUGAUGGGGAUCCAGCAGGUGUGCACAGCACUUAUUAUGUCUGUCGGGAAUUAUUCUUAGUUUUGAGAGUGAUACCCUGAGUUUAAGCAACAAUGGGAGAGAUUGUGUCUUACCUUGGACAGAAGGAAAGGGCACGGCCACCUGCUAUGGGGUUAAGUGGGCAUUAAGGCAUACAUUCCACAGUUGCAAUGGGAUAUAUAUGCAGGCACAGCAUACCCCCCUACAAGGGUCUCGUUUAGCACCGUGUGAAUGCUCAGGCAUCAGUAUUCUUUAUAAUUAUGUUAACAAGCAGUGAUGACUGGGAACAGGGAGAGAAAGGCUGCUUCUUUCUGCACUUUGGCCCUGUUAUCAUGAAUGAUGUUGAGGGGAGAGGAUGACACCCCAAAGAUAGGUGUGUAUGUAGUAAAUACAUGAAAUUAAUGGACUGGAUGCCAUUGGAAGUUUUAAACAAAAUGGAUCUAUUUUGGUCUGGAGCAAAACCCCAUAAAAUGCAUUUGGGUUUUUUUGGUUCUGGAGUUUUUUUCACAUUAAGAUGUUGGUAUCAGUCCUGUUAUCCCUUCAUCAACCUGAGAUGAGUCAUUAAAAGUAUUGUAAUAAAUCAUAGGAUCUUCCACCCUAGUCAGUUAACCUCCUGGAUUUCUCUUGUGUUGCCAGACUAGAACAUGACUCACAACACUGGUUGCCAUUCAGCAUUUGGGCAGCCUUCAGGAGGAGGGGCUGCAGAGAGGAGCAGACAGGCUUCCUCCCUGACAGAAAGGAGACAGGCUCUGCUACCUGUGUACAAGUACAACAGAGAGGUGUAAAAGUGGCACUUAGGUGAAGGAGGUAGGAGAGCAGUUUAGGUAAGUUCUCUGAGAAAGGAGGCAGACCGGCGACUGAUGGCUAUCACUGAGAGUGCUGCUUGUGUGAUGGGGUCGGCUGCAUGAUUCCUCUCACUUUUAAAGGGAAAGCAGCUGUGAAAAUAAGCUCCAUGUGCUCCUGUGCAAAUGAAGGUCCUUCUGAGAAUAUAUACGUAGGGUUAGCUCUACUGGCUCUCGGGAACAACUCACAAACUUAAGCAGGUGCAUGAGUGUUUGCAGGAUCAGCCAAGGCCUAAGCCUUAAGAAGCUCAAAGAAUAUGUAUGCGUGCAUGUGUUAUGCAUAUGGAUCACAUGGGACAAAGUGCAGAACCAUUCAGUUGGAUCUGUAACCUACCUCCAAUGGUAUUUUUGUCUACUGUUUAAAUAUUAGAAUAAGAUUAGUACUGAACAGCUUCAAGUUUCCACCACUGAAAAUAAAGCAUCUUCCAGAAAAAAAUUAAAACUGGCCCUGGAAAAAAAUACAAAGUGGCUGGAGGCCUGGGCUUGCUGAAGUGGCAGGUCCAUGGCUCUGAUGGACCAUGGCUGUGCAGAAUUGCAAUCAGGAACCCUCUUCGCUUGAACUGGGUGCACGGGGGGGUGUUUUGACUUUCCAGGGGGACGUGCAGUACUUUCUAGCAGCACUAGCCCUGGAAGAUUCUGAGGCCUCCACUUUCUGAGGUCUUUGCUUGACAAAUUGAGAGCCUUUUUUAAAUUAAAGGGUUAGUUUAGAUGGAUUAUGAACCUCUAGAUUAUAAAGUCUAUAACUUUCUAAAAUAUUGGUGGCUACAUUUCCCUGCCAAAUCCAAAAUAUGAGUGAUUUUGGUUUCUUUGCAUUUUCUUAGCCAGUCUGCCAGUUCUAAUGCUAUGACACUUAGAUCUUUAGAGGUAGAGGGAUAUUAAAAAUGGUCCCAAUUAAGAACCCUCAUGUGAACUUUUUUAUUCACAGUAGAGAGAAGCUAGUCCCAAAAGAAGUCUGAUUGCUUGCAGUUGGCUUAUACACGGCAGUGACUAAUUACCAGAAGUAGUAAAAGUGCUCACCAACUAGCCCUAAAUAUACCAAACUUGUCUAGAACAUUCCAGAUGCAAAGUUUCUGUAACCCCACCUUGCAACACAGAAUACAGAGUAGGGCAGUGCAUGGUACAGGUUUCUUAGCAGCUGCUUGGGGGGUGACCUGAUUAUAACACAUGACUUUGGUGGGUACAAAUAAUAUGUCUUUCUGCACUAAAGAUGAUAAAAUAUCAAUCAAUACAAUUAUACAUUGUAUUGGCCUCGGCACUAGAUGAUUCACAUCCACAUAUGCACAUUACAUAUAUGUGUGCGCGCAUGCACACACCGGUGUUUGCAAAAUUGAGUGAGGGUAGAGUAGGAAAAUAGAAUAAAGCCCCCUUCUGAAUGUGAAGUGACAGUCUGAUCCUUGGGCCAUAACUGACGCUUUGUGUUCGUCUGAGAUGAAGCUGAAGUAGGAACAUGAAAAUGCUAGGAGGGAAGAGGAUUUUUACUUCCCAAGGGGACCAUCAUCUUAUGCCACCCCUUUUACCUACUGUACUUUCUUUUAUUCUGCCUUCUCCCCACUCUUCAAAUUGCACUUCCCCCAAUAACCAGUGCCUCAUCCAUUAUGGCAUCCUGACUACUUCAUUAGCCAUAUAUAGGCUACAUCUUGGUCUACGGCCUUAAAGCACUCAAACCACAUGAGUAGUCCUUUGGAAGGCAAUGAUUGCUGUUGUCAUCAAAAGGAGUACUGAAGUGCUUAAAGUUAAGCAGGUGCUUAAGUAUUUGGCUGGAUCAGAGUUUGUGAUCCUGAUCCUGAAAUUGGCCCCGCAGAGGUGGACCUCAGUGCCUGCGUGGAUACCCACUGAUGUCAAGAGUCCUCCCUGUAAACACUCCCUAUACCCCCCUAGAGCCAGUUGUACCAUGGGGGGUCGUGAAGUUAGCUGACAAGUAGGUGCAAUGGUGUGCAAUGGUACCUCUUGAAAAUGAAUAACGUGAUGUGAGAUUAAAGCUACACAAAGCAGCAGGCACUAGUACCACUCCCUGUUUGGCCUGAGAACUGAGCUGGAUGCCACCUCCAUAGCAGCAGAGACCAGUUCUUGGAGCACCUAGAUGGAGCUGCAUUUAUCCACCCUGCAAUUACUUACCUAUCUCUUGCUGUCUUCCUCCCCCACUCUCCAUGGCAUGGUAUUGACUCCUUUAUGGUACUUAAUAAGUCUCAUUUUUGGUUUCCUGUUUUGUUCCCUUUGCAUCUUUUGUUGUUGUUGCUGACUGGUUGGUUGCCUUUUUUCACAAACUUCGCGUUUUUUUUAGUUUUUUCUGCCCAGAAAAACCUGACUUCGAUACCAAAAAAACAUAACAAAACAAAAUGAAAAAAACAACAAAAAAACAAAAAACUGCAGAAACUAAAAAAAAAUAAAAAUUAAAAAAAAACAAAAAAACUCAACGAUUCUUUCAGCUUUAUUAACAUUUUCCAUUGUUUCUUGCGAUUUGUGUCUCGUUCUUUGUAGUAUUGAUGAUAACGAACAUUUGAUAAUGAAUGUUCUUGUAUAUUCAGAUAAAGGAAAAAAAAACCAAAAAAGCAGUCUGAAUUUAAUAGUGUUUAUAAUAAAAAAAAUAAAAAAGACCCUCAUAGCACGCAAAAUUGAACAGGGAGGAAUUUCCUUUCUUGUUCUUUCUGUGGCAAAAAGCGCUUCAUUCCUGUAUAGUUUAUAACACCAAACUACCUACAUUCAUCACCUUUUUUUCUUUUUUCCCAUUUUUUUAAUUUUCUUGCAUUUGUGAAUUAGUUCAAGAAUGCUAGAAAAGUGUAGUUGUGCACACUCAUUUCCUCUUACACAAUGUUUAAAAAGUGACAGUAAUUCAUUUUGUAAAACUUUAAAAAAAAUGGUUGGAAUAGUGAGCAUAAUAGGUACAUUCUAACACUUUAUGUUUAUUAACGUUGAGACCCAGAAAUUACUUUCUUUGUUCGGCGUUUCUUUUUUUUUUUUUCGGGGGCUUUUAUGAUGAUGAUGAUGAUGAUUAUUUUUUAAAUUGUCCAAGACAAUGGCCUUGCAACUUCCCGUUCCUCCACUUUUAGUAUGUAUUCAGACGUGAUGUGAAAAGUUGAAUUUGCAAAAAUCACUUUUUCAUUUGUUUUUGUUUUAUUUGUGGGACUGAUUCUGCUUUUAAGCCAACAAACUAUCCCCUAGGAAAAUGAAAGGCUGCUCUUCUAACCCUCAGUUUCUAAACGCUGUGGCCUGAUGGACCACCUCAGAAAAGGGACAAACACAUGCAUGAUCAAGGCCCAGCUGUAACCUCAAUUCAGCAAAGCCACCCCUAUUCAGCAGAGCUAAAUGCAUGCUUAUGGCCUGCUGAAGUCAAUUCAGCAUAUAGCUAAAGUUCAGUCUGUGCUAAAGGCUCCAUGGGAGUUGGGUACCUAACUUCCUUAGCUUCACUGAAAAAAAAAUCCAAGGCUAACUGCUUUGCUGUAUAGGGACAGACUUAAAUACAUGUUUGAGUUCCUUCCUGAAUCAGGGCUUAUCUGAAAUUCAUAUAGGCCAUGAAAACUCUUUCUAUUACUGGCGAUAAAUUCCUCCCUUGAGUUUUGAGCGUCAUUAAAUGUUAAAGAUUUCUUUUCAUCCUCAUGAUUGAGCCCAGUGUCUCUCCAAACCAGUAUUUUCGUAGACACUCCUCACCUUUUCUCUCAUUGAGGCCAAUGAAAGACUUCAGUAAUUGCAGCAAGUUUUGGAUACAGAACUAAGACGACUAGUCCAAAAUUCUGAGGUUAACUAAAGGACUGUUAUCAUACAAUAUUGCAGUAUCUCAGAUCAGUGGAUCCUCCCAUUCUGAUCAGUUAGUACAGAUGUGCUGCUUCUGCUGUUCCUUAUUUUUUGUUUAGUAUUAAGUAGCUGCCCCAUUUCCUUGUCACUUGAUCUACAUUUAAUUACGACUUCAUCCAAAACCCAUUGAAGUCAAUGGAAAUACUCUUUCACACAAUGUAUAAUUAAAUUAUCCAUUGCUGUAAGAUGUUGCUGAGGCCAAGAACUCAGUAAGAAGAAUUGAAUGUUCAUGUGGAUAACAAGGAUAUCCAUAUAUUCCAAGUCAUUAGGCUAAACUGGAGCAUUGGAAGGCAGCAAAAACAUCACGUUUCUGGUCUCUAACAAUUAGAAAACAAGAUGGGACUUACAUGGGCAACCUCCAAAACCGUCUGUUGUAGGGUUUCAUGUAUCUUCUUGCACCAUCCCCCUCCUGCUGGAGACAGACUUCUGGAGUAGGUAGAUCAUGGAUUUAUGACAGCCCUUCUGGAAGAAUUUAUCUCCAAUAGGCACUGGACCAGGCUCUGGGGCCACACACAUUGUCAUCAACCCAUGAACUGCUCAGGAAGUCUGGAAAUAAGUAAGGGUGUCAGAAGAGCUGAUCCUAAAAACAUGUACAUCCUUGUUUAGCUUUCCACACCUCAGGAAGCGCCACUGAUUUCAAUAGUACUCAUUCUGUGCAUAAAUCUAAGUACAUACAAAACUGUAUCUAGUCCCUGGAGCUGUGUUAGGAAGCUAGUCGUAAUUGGAGCAGUGAAGAAAAAUAUAACUGUAAAUACCUCUCAAAAAUAAUAGUCAAAAGUUUCAGUUCAAGGAAAGGUAUUUUUCAAAACAUUGAUUUUGAUCACUUUGUUUCCUUCCUUUCAAGACCUAAAAAUACCCAAAAAACUCUUCACAUCACUCUGCUUUAGGUUUCUUUUUUAUCUCAAAGCUUCCUGAAUUAAUUCUGUUUUUAUACACCUUUAUUAUAAUUAUAAUAAUUAUUAUUAAAAUAUAAAUCAGACAUUGCGGGGUUUUUCUUUCUUUUUUUUUUCCUUUUUUUUUCUUUUUUUGGUUUUCACUUGAAACCCUUUUCUUGUAAAGAUAUUCCAGUUGUUCUGAGCUACUUUUUCUUUUAUCUCUCUCCUCCCCUCUGCCCCACCCCUCCCCCUCCAAUGGAUUCUGAAUAUAAAAACCUAAAAAGACUCUCUGUUCUGACCUGGUUUUGAAACUUUAAGCUUUUCUGCUUCUGUAAAGAAAAGGCCUAUGUCUUUUUGAUCCCAACUGAAACUUUUAUGUUCUAUAAUGAUACUAACAAGGUGUAGGUUUUACAGUCUCCUGAUUUGUACUGGUAAUGCAUAUUCCAAAUAAAUAGUUUCUUUUGUUGCAAAAA